AUGUCGGCUGCUCCUACUGCUCCCGAUGCCAUGGUCACCGUCAAGGUGACCUAUGACGGUACCACACGCCGUGCCAAGAUGCCUCUCCGUGAGAUGGUCCCCAGAGUUCUCGAGGAGCAUAUUCGAACUUUCCUACACAUUCCCGCCGACCGCAAGUCUAUGAUCGAGAGAUACUCCGACUCGGCUGCUUCCUUUGUUCUCCUCGAGUCGUCAAAUAUGCCAGUCUACAAGCAACUCUACCGUGCUGCCAAAGCCAAGUCGAAGCUCAAGCUCCGCGUCACGUUAAUCCAAGACCCUCCCAAGCCUGCUCCCAAACCCGUUUCCAUCGAGCACAUCACGGAGCCAGCCAUUACCACCCAGACAGAGCCUCAGCAGUCUCCUUCGCAAUCUCGAAUCAGUUUGCCUCUGCGCAGCUCUGGUCCAAGCAUGACCAAGAAUUACGACCCUAUGCUACUUGCCAAGGCUGCCAGCAUGGUCGCUGAGCGUGAGGAACUCCGCAAAGAUUUUGAGAGCCGUCUCAGCUGCCUCAUGAGUCGCCAGUCUCUCAAUCCCACACCUCAGGAUACCUCAGUUGCGCCUGAGGAAAUCUCAGUUGCGCCUCAGGAUCAGUCCACAACCGCCGUCUAUGCAGUUUGCUGCAAUAUAUGCAACAAAAGCAUUCCCGAUGCACACUACCAUUGCUCCACCUGCGACGAUGGCGACUUCGACCUCUGCCAGUCUUGCAUUGACCAGGGUCUUACUUGCAAGAGCGAUAAUCACUGGCUGAUCAAGCGCUCCAUUGUUAAUGGCAGCAUCGUCAAGAGCAGCACCGAGAAGAUCUCCCCCAAGCCAAAGCUCAAGGCCACCAAGGAGGAGCCCAAGAUUGCGCCCAUGUCAUACCUCAGUGGCCCUCUUCCCAUUCCAUCGGGGGAGCUCACACAGCCGGCCAUCAUGACUCCCUACAACUGGGCGCCUUUCGGACUUGUGCGCACCUGUAACACUUGUCUCCAUGAACUUCCCGAGGCUCAGUUCCUUCACUGCCAGAAAUGCGAUGAUUUUGACCUCUGUCAGUCCUGCUUCUCGGCCAACUCUCAUGGCCAUCACCCCAUGCAUGCCUUCGCUCCUGCCGUUCCGGGCACUCUGAUGCCUGACCACAUCAGCAUCAAGAUGGCUCCCGGCCGGAACCGCAUGCACAUGGCCAUCUGCGACGGCUGCGAUAAGAACAUCUCUGGUGUUCGCCACAAAUGCCUUGACUGCCCCGACUGGGACUACUGCACUGAGUGCGUUGAGAGCGCCAGCUUUAUUCACCCCAACCACCGCUUCGCCCCUCUGUAUGAGCCUCUUGAUCCGGCCUACUCAGUCUCUACCGUCGAGUCUAUGCACAUGGGUAUUUGCUGUGAUGGCCCCCUCUGCAAGUCCUCCGGAGGUUGGCCCGCCUACAUCAAGGGCACGCGCUACAAGUGCGCCAUCUGCCCUGACCUCGACUUCUGUGCCAACUGCGAGGCUAGCCCCUCCAAUGACCACAAUAAGACGCACCCUCUCAUCAAAUUCAAGACUCCCGUUCGCCACGUAAGCGUCACAACUACAGGGGAGCACCAGGAUGGACGUCAGCUUCAUACUAUGGGCGAUCGAUUCGAAGCUCUCUCUCGGGCAUCCUCAAGCACCAAUUCUGUCAACGCCGUGCAGACCGUUGUCGAUGUGAAGCCCGAGGAGCCUGAGGAGCCUGUCAUUAAGUCCGAGACGAAGGAGGAAGAACCUCUGGUUCAGCUCAACGAUGUUCCUCAGACCAAGGAGAAACUGCAGGAGACUCUCCAGGAGGAAGAGCUCAAGGCUCGGUUCGUUCGUGAGAGCGUGUCUGAUGGUACCAUCUAUGGCUUAAACCACGUCUUCGAACAGACCUGGACGCUUCGCAACGAUGGAAACGUCCCUUGGCCUGCUGGCUGCGUCGUCAAGUUCUCUGGUGGUGACUACAUGGGCCACGUUGACUCGACCCAUCCCGCCGGCAUCUCUGACCUCGUUUCAGCCUCCCAGUCCACUAUAUGCUACUCGCAGCUUGCUCCCGGGCAAGAAUAUCAGUUCACUGUACUCCUCCGCACCCCUACUCGCCCUGGCAACUUCAUCUCAUACUGGCGUAUUUGCACCAAGGAUGGUUUCCGAUUUGGCGACCGCUUGUGGUGUGAGGUGCAGGCUCGCUCUGUCAAGGCCGCUCCUCCUACUCCUCUCCUCACAGAGGAAGAGCAGGAGCAGGAGCAGGAGAAGACUGAUGAGUCUCAAGCCAGCAGCACCAUGAUCUUUCCCAAGCUUGAGAAGGAGUCUCCCAAUACUAGUGUGCAUGAGGAUAUCAACUACACCCCGGCUUCUCCUAUUGCCUCGUCACCUCCCAGCACUGUUGCGGACCCGACUCCGGCUUCCCAUCUUGAGUGGGAUGGCUCUGAUGACGGUUUCAUGACAGACGAGGAAUACGACAUCCUUGACGCGUCGGAUGAGGAGUAUCUUGAGCAGCAGCACAAAAAGACGAUGAAAGAGAAUCUCCUGAGCUAUUGCCCUAAGAUGGCAACCGACGAAGAACUCGUCUCGCGGCGUCACAACUUCAGCAGAACACGAUUUCGCCCUUCUGUUGAUAAAAAGUCUCACGAGGGCAGCGCGAGACAUUGGUAUUCGAUCUGGUCCUUUGCAAAAAACAUAACACAACGGUACAUGAACUACAAUGGACCGAUGGGCGUUUACGAGAUUGAUAUUCAUGAUCUCUGGUACGACGUCAUCAAAAUCGCCCAGAUCACACCAGCGGAUGAGGCCAACGCGGACAGGAUUGUGGCGCAGAUAAUUCGAAUUCGAGAAUUGGGCAUUUUAGAACGCGAUAUCACCACCACGAUCGCCACUAGUGACCAAGAAGAUGCCGUGAUCAAGAAGGAAAUAGCGGUCACAAGUAGUGGCGCUCGGAUUUGGACCGACUUACCGUUUCUAGUCGCUGAUUUGCGAGUGACGUGGACUGAUUCUAUAAACAUUAUGACAGCCAAAGAGCUUGAGAAUCUGGCGGGUUUUACGGCGCGUUUGGCAGAAUAUAACGUUUGCGGCGCACAAACUGCGUCAUGUGCUCUAAUACUCUUUCGAGCAGCACUGGAGUCACCCCGGCGCAUUCUACAAAGCGAUGAGCCCACGCGUGAAGGUUUUGCAGCAGAGAAAACGCUUCAAGAGCUGAUGCCAGCAGUUUUCAUUUGGCUAUACUGGGGGAGUCACUGCAUCUGGAAGCUAUGCUCACGAGAACUGCUUCUGGUCGAUGCCGAGCUGAGCGCCAUGGAUGAGAACUGGGCGGAGGUCGGGGAACUGGCAACCCGAGGAGGUGUAAGCCAACCCGGAUUCAAUCGAGCGAGGAUGAAUUUCUGGAAGAAGCGUUUUCGGGAAAUUGCAGAUGCUGCACGGGAAACGAAUACUGUGUUCGCAGACAAGUGCACCUGGUGUGCCUCUUUGUUAGGCCAAUGGGAUGAGAUAAUGGGCGAAGGCUGCGCCGAGCCCUCGCUGACCAAUAAUGUUAACUAA